AUGGCCGCUCUCCCCAAGACCCAAAAAGCCCUCGUGGCCCUGGGACGCGGCGAGCUGGGCCUGAAGGAUGACGUCCUCCUCCCUGAACUCACCCCCGACAUGGCCAUCGUGAAGACGGCAGCCGUUGCCAUCAACCCUGCCGAUGCCAAGAUGCUGGACUACAGCGCCGCGGUCGGUGCCAUCGUCGGAUACGACUACGCCGGCACCGUCGUGGCUCUCGGAUCCAAGGCUGCCGAGAGCGGAAGGCUUGCCGUGGGCGACCGCGUGGCCGGCCUGGUUCAUGGCAUGAACAAGCUGAUUCCGGACGUUGGUGCCUUCUCAGAAUACGUCGGAGCUUGUGCAGACCUCCUUCUCAAGAUUCCCGACACCAUGAGCUUCGAGGAGGGCGCCACCUUUGGAACUGGUGUCGCCACGGCGUCCCUAAGCCUGUUCCGGGAGCUUGGCGUGCCUGCGUCGCUGGACCAGCUCCGCGCUGGCGUUCCCGCCGACGAUGAGAGCCGUGAGGGCCGCGAAUUCGUUCUCGUCUCGGGAGGCGCGACCGCUACUGGCACUCGUGCCAUUCAGCUGCUGAGACUUGCCGGCCUCCGUCCGAUAACGACGUGCUCCCCCGGAAGCUUCGACCUCGUGUACCGGUUCGGUGCUGAGAAGGCCUUUGACUACCGCAGCCCGACCUGUGCUGACGACAUCAAGGCCUACACCGAUGGAGAGCUGAUGUUUGCUCUUGACUGCGUUUCCCAGGCCGACACCACUCAGCUGUGCUACUCGGCCAUGAGUCGUGCCGGAGGCCGCUAUGUUGCCCUGGAGCCCUAUCGUGGCAGCAUUGCCCAGACCCGCGCACGUACGGUUGAGGCAUCCUGGGUCAUGGUUCUCACCAUCUUUGGUCGGACCGUCGCUCUGGAUGGCGAGUACGGACGUGAGGAGCGUCCUGCUGAUCGUGUCUUUGGUGCCAAGGCAUUUGCUGCUGUUCAGGACCUCUUGGACCGUGGCCUUGUCCAGACACACCCUGCUAAGAUCUCGGGAGGCGGCUGGGAAGGUGUUGCUGACGGCGUCAACCAUAUCCGGAAACAUGCCAUGUCUGGCCAGAAGCUCGUGUACUCGGUGGCUUGA